AUGGGGGCUCCCUGUGCUGUCCACUCCUGGAUGAGAUACCCAGCCCCUUGGAGUUACACGUGGGUGCCCUUUGGCAGUCCUUUCUGGAUGGGGCAUCCCCCUCCAGCUGCCCCAGUGCCUUCAGUCUGGCCAUGGGGCUUCUCCAGCUUUGAUCCCCAAGUAGGGAGCCAGCACCUGGCCACCAUGACCUCCAGUGUAUUUCCUUACCCCAUGGGACCACCACCCCCAUACUCCUCAGUCUCUCCAGCUCUGAACGGGGACGCCUCUGGCCACUAUCCCCAGGUGGAAUGGCAGAUUCCCGCCAGCUCAGCCUUCCCGGCUGCAGUGGGUGGACUGUCCAGAGCAGCUCCUCACUUGGAGAGCUGCCAAGCCCCUCCAUCAGAAUGGGCCUCAGGUUCAGCAUUUGAGCACCUUGCACCGCCCUGCAGCCCAGAGCUCUGCCCUCUGCCCCCUUCCCCCAUUGCAGACCGUCAGCCUGAUCCCUUCUGUCCCCGCUCCCCUCGGCCACCCUGCAGGGCCUGCCGCCGCCUCUUCUAG